GUAAGCAGUGCCACGUCAGCAGUGCCACGUCAGACAGUGCCACAUCAGCAGUGCCACGUCAGCAGUGCCACGUCAGCAGUGCCACGUCAGCAGUGCCACGUCAGCAGUGCCACGUCAGCAGUGCCACGUCAGACACAUGCCCUGCCACCAUGAUGGGCGCAGCUCUUGGCAUGUCAGGCCAACUGGCCAAUGAGUCCAUUGCCGACUACAAAAAGCGCUUCCAGGCUCAGCUCGCUGCAAUCGAGGCUGAGGAACAACGCCAACUGGCAGUCAAGGCUUCCCAGCUACAGGCUGAAGAAGCGGCAACAGCAGAGAAGCUGCGGCUACAGGCCGAAGCAGACGCAGAUACCCAGGCUCGCCGCAAGGAAGCCCAGGAUCUGCUGCUGCGGCAUGAAGCCAACAGCAUCGACAGACUCAAGUUCUGGCACUUUAAACCGAACGGCGACGAACCAACACCGGAAGAGAAGCAUAAGGAGUUUAUGGCCAAGCUCGUGACCAGGCUGGUUUACACAUGUAACCACCUGCAGUCCGAGCUGGCAAACCUUCAGCGGGCUGUGCGGAACCAUAAGACUCAGCAUGAGGAUGCCACACGGGCACUGGACGCCCGUGUACUGGACCUGGAACAGGCUGCACCAGGACCAGCUGCUGGGGCUUCCAGCAGUGCAUCCUCUAGCCGCCAACUGGAGGAACGCGUUGACCACGUAGUGGCAAUGCUAGAAGACAUAAGUGCCUUCACAGAGCCGACCACCAUCAGCCAGCGGUUCGAGUUGCUGGACACUAAGAUCAGUCAGCAACAGCAGACCGACCACAGCCACAACAACAGCUCGGCAAGGCCAUACAAGAUGCCGACGUUCGGGAUCGAGAAAUUUGAUGACUACACACAUCAAGACCCGGUCGUCUGGUGGCAAGGAUUUACAACGGAGUUGGGGAUCCACGAGGUCCCUGACCAUCUGUUCAUCAGUGCUUUGUUCAUCAACACCAAGGGAGGUUGUCACAUCUGGCUCAGCCACAUGGCAACCAUCCACGGCGUCCAGGUUUCAGACCUACACAAGGUCUCCUGGGCGGAUAUGACAAAGGAAUGGAAGAAGCGGUUCAUAGUGGGUGACGCGCCUGCGCUCGCCAUCAACCGCAUCUUCGCGAUGGCUCAAGGGAGCACACCGACAUGUGACUGGCUCACGGAUUGGCAGAAGAUCGUGGCCACGCCCGAUCUGGACCUGUCAUUUCCGCAUCUGCGCCGUGAGUUCUACAACAGGUCAUGCGCCGCUCUGAGCCUCACACUUGGUGAUCGCGAGCAGUACCACACUUUCGCAGAGAUCAUCAACAAGGCAAGAGAGAUCAUCAAGACCAACAGCGAGGAUGACCCGGUGAACUUCUUCAACCGCACCGUUCACAUUCGUGAUCGGAACGGAGUACUAGUUCCAUGCACGGUGCCUCUUCCUCAUCCUUCUAUCAACUGCCACGUGGUAUCCGCCGCAAGCAUGCGAGCAUCCAUCAUCAGAGAUGACAUCGAGGAGAUGGGGGUAUGUUUUCUCCACGCCCUCCCGCCCCGAGACGCUUCAUCGACGGACUCAUCUUCGGAUCCACGCAUCACCGAGCUUCUCGACGCUUACAGCGACGCGUUUGAAGGCCCGCACGGAGUAGUACCGGAUCGGCCCAUCCGCCACGAGAUCAUCCUCGAGGACGGGGCCGUACCUCCGCGCGGCUGCAUCUACCGAAUGAGCGAGGAAGAGUUAAGUGUGCUCCAUGCACAACUCGACGAUCUUCUAGAGAAAGGUUGGAUUCGGCCUAGCUCAUCGCCAUACGGUGCCUUUGUCCUCUUCGUCCGGAAGAAGAACAAGGACGUGCGGUUGUGCAUCGAUUAUCGCAAGCUCAACGCGCAGACGAUCAGGAACGCCGGCCCUCUCCCACGCAUCGACUACCUUCUCGAGCGAUUGGGCGCCGCUCAGUUCUUCUCUAAGCUAGAUCUCAAGUCAGGGUACCACCAACUCGAGAUUCGCAAGGAGGAUCGCUACAAGACGGCGUUUAAGACACGGUAUGGGCAUUUCGAAUGGUUGGUCAUGCCGUUUGGCCUUACGAAUGCCCCAGCCACUUUGCAAGCGGCUAUGACAACGGAGUUCCGACACAUGCUGGAUCGGUUUGUACUCAUCUACCUCGACGACAUCUUGGUGUAUAGUCGGAGUUUGGACGAGCAUGUGGAACACCUGCACACCGUUUUGGAGCGACUACGACAAGCCAAGUACAAAGCAAACCGCGACAAGUGCGAGUUCGCACAUCAGGAGCUGGAAUACUUGGGACACUAUGUGACGCCGCAAGGCAUCCGUCCGCUUGCGGACAAGAUCGAGGCCCUACGAGCAUGGCCCGAGCCCACCAACACCACGGACGUUCGUUCAUUCAUGGGAUUGGCGGGCUACUAUCAACGAUUCAUCACCGAAUACUCCAGGAUUGCUGCACCUAUGACGAGGUUACAGUCGCCAAAGGUGCCAUUCGUAUUCGAUGAUGCCGCACGCAGACGCAGCAAGCCCCGCAACCGCAAUCCCUACGGCGAGUUACACCCGAUGCCUAUCCCACGGGAACCCGGUCUCUCCAUUGCCAUGGACGUCACCGGUCCGUUUCCUCGUGACCGGCUCGGGCACGACGGCAUCCUCACGGUUGUGGACCGAUUGAACGGGCAGACGGAGCUGGCACAUCAAACCGCUCAAAUGAUGCUUCGUACGCUCAUUCGCCCGGACCAGAAAGAUUGGGUUGACCGCCUCCCCGACAUCGAGUUCGCCUACAACACUUUGGUGCACCCGACGAUCGGCGUGACUCCACUCGAGUUGCACCACGGUGGACGGAAAGGCCGGAUUUUCGCCGACCUUCUCCUCCCUCGACUAGCCGACAUUGACGCUGCCUGCUCUCCCGMUUCCGUCCGGAAGUACAGGGAAUUGCUGACUCAAGCCCGCGCAAACAUGCAAAAGGCUCAAGUUCGCAUGCAACAGCAAGCCAACAGGCGUCGCGUACCAUGUCCCAUCCGCGCCGGUGAUCUGGUUUGGGUCUCCGCGGAAGAGUUUGCACUGGAACAGGACGUUUCACGCAAACUGCUUCCCAAGUGGUUUGGACCUUGGUCUGUGACAGCAGCCGUGGGCGAUGAGCCCGAUGGCCCUUCAUUUGUGAUCAACAUUCCAGAGCAUCUGAUGAUCCAUCCGGUCUUCCACGCCUCGAAGCUGGCAACAUACACGCCAGCCAAGAGCGACGACUUUCCGAGCUGACGAUUGCAGGACCCUCCUUCUAUGGAUGGCCAUCAGCAAGUUGACCGCGUCAUCACCGAUCG